AUGUUCGCCCGUACUGCACUCCGUCAAGCCGGACCUUCCGCGCAGAUCGCUCGCGGUGUUCGCUUCAACUCGACUCUCCCCAUCCCACCUAAGAUUGCCACGCCCAAGUCGGCUUCGGGUCCCGGUGGCUCUUCGGCGCGCAUGGAGUCGGUCGUAGGAUUCUACAAGAGCUUGCCCAAGGGCGAUGCUCCUCAGAAGCGAGGCGGCGGAAUCAAGGCUCGUUACUUCGACGGCAAGAACGCCAGCGGAAAGCCGAUCGUGGCCACCCUCUUCACCAUGUUCUUGAUCGGCUACUCGAUCGACUACGCUCAGCACUUGCGUCACCACAAGAACAACCACCACUAA